AUGUCCCAAGUCAGCCUCAACCACACCCUCUUCACAGAAACAAAAGACAGAACAAUCCUAAUAACCGGCGCAGCACACGGUAUCGGUCUAGCAACAACAAAACUCCUCAACGAAAAAGGUGCAAACGUCGUCCUAGCUGACCUAUCCCAAUUUCGUAUCGAAGCAGAAGAAACCAUCAUAACACAACUCGCACACCCAGACCGAGCGGCCUUCUUCCCGGCUAAUAUCGUCAACUGGACUGAAUUGACGGAAUGUUUUGAAGCGACGAUUGCCCGUUUCGGUGGACUUGAUAUUAUCGUUGCUUAUGCUGGUAUCAUGGAGUCCAGGCCAGUGCUUGACCUUGAGGAUGUUGAUGAGGAUGGGAAGUUACUUGAGAGUUAUGAGGCUGGGAGGACACCCACUUUCACACCCAGCCCCCAAUCCCAAAAGUCAAUCCUCCUCGUUGCAUCGACAUCAAGCUAUUUCGGCGGGACGGGCGUAACAGCUUACAUAGCUUCCAAACACGGCGUGCUUGGUCUUCUACGCGCAUGUCAACCAACGGCACAGAAAUACGGAGUCCGAGUCAAUGCCAUUGCGCCAUUUCUAACGCCGACUCAUAUCACUGCUGGUUUUGCGCAGCGGUGGGAGGAGGCCGGAUUGGAGAAGAAUACUCCUGAUCGGGUUGCUGAGGCUAUUGCGCUUGUUGCUUUAAAUUGGAGGAGGGAUGGGGAUUGUAUUAUGGUAUGA